AUGAGCUCGAGCUGGUGGUGGGCACGUGCGACCGGCGGCGCGGUCACCAAGCGCCAGGACGAGAACGCCGCCGCGGUCGAUCCCUCCUUCAAGAGCGUCGCCCUCGUCAUCGGAUCCACCGGCAUCGUCGGCACCUCCCUCGUCGAUAUCCUCCCGCGCCACGACACCCCUGGCGGGCCCUGGAAAGUGUACGCGGUCUCCCGCCGCCCGCUCCCGCGCUGGUCUCGGCCGCCCUCCCCGGCCGUCACGUACCUGCACCUCGACCUCGCGGACUCCGCCGCCGUCGCCGAGGCACUAGCGCCCCUCACGGACGUUACCCACAUCUUCUACGCUGCGUGGUCCAACCACCCCACGGAGGCCGAGAACCGCGAGGCCAACUCGGCCAUGCUCCGGAGCGUCCUCUCCGUCGUCGUCGCCAGCUGCCCGGCGCUGGUCCACGUCUGCCUGCAGACCGGCCGCAAGCACUACGUCGGUCCGUUCGACGCCAUCGGCAAGAUCCCCGCCAACGACCCGCCCUACACCGAGGACAUGCCCCGGUUGGAUCAUCCCAACUUCUACUACGACCAAGAGGACGUGCUCUUCGACGAGGUCUCCCGCGGCCACGGCGCCGUCAGCUGGUCCGUCCACCGCCCCACAACCAUCUUCGGAUUAACUGCUCGCGGUGCCAUGAAUCUAGUCGGCAGCCUAUGCGUCUACGCCGCCAUCUGCCGAAAGGAGGGUGCCACGCUGCGGUGGCCUGGGUCCAGGGUCGCUUGGGAGAGUUUCAGUGAUUCCUCGGAUGCAGACCUCAUCGCCGAGCACGAAAUCUGGGCCGCGCUCGACCCUCUCGCCAAGAAUGAAGCGUUCAAUUCCAGCAACGGGGAUGUGUUCAAAUGGAAGCGGCUCUGGCCGAUCCUGGCCGACCGUUUCGGGGUGGCAUGGGCUGGGUAUGAAGGAGAGGCGAGCAGGUUCAGGCUUGCUGAGGUCAUGGCAGACAAGGAGGCGGUGUGGGAGGAGAUCAUCAAGGAGAACGAGCUCAUUGUGACGAAGCUUGAGGAGGUGGCUAAUUGGUGGUUCGUGGACGCCAUGUUGGGUAUCGAGUUCGAGCAUUUGGAUAGCAUGAACAAGAGCAAGGAGCAUGGAUUCCUUGGCUUCAGGAACACAGUCAACUCCUUCAAAACAUGGAUCGACAAGAUGAAGGUUUCCAAGAUUGUUCCCUGA